AAUUUACUUUGUAGAUAAGCGAUCUAUUUAAUUUUCGACGCAACAGAGGCCGCGGCUCAUUCUACGUCGACGAGAUCUACCGCACUCAUCGUUCAAUCGCUCAUUUUACGAGGCAAGGGUUAGUGAUCGUAAAGUGACCAUGGAUAACGUUAAGAACAAGACAGUUUUGAUCACUGGAGCCGCCGUUGGGAUUGGAUUUACAUUCGCGCAAAAGUUGCUGAAAAAUGGAGCGAAGGCUAUCGCUAUUCUCGACUUGAGUAGCUCGUCAGGUGCGCAAUCCGCUUCGAAUUUGGAAAACGAAUUCGGAAAAGGCAAAGCAGUAUUCUUCCCGUGUGACGUGGCCAACGCUGAACAAUUCGCAGAGACUUUUAAGAAGGUUGUGAAUACGUUCAAUGGCGUCGACAUUGUCAUCAACAACGCCGGUAUUUUCAGGGAUCAAGCUUGGAAAGCGACUGUCGACGUAAAUAUCACUGGCGUGGUUCAAGGUUCGUUGCUCGCGAUAGAUCACAUGGGUAAACACAAAGGAGGCAAAGGCGGUGUCGUAGUAAACGUUGCCUCGAUUAUUGGGCUCUCGCUCUUCCCAGGAUGUCCGGUGUACUGUGCCAGUAAACACGCCGUGGUUACACUCAGUCGCUGUUUACAGGAGAAUUACCAUAAGACUGGCGUGGACGUUCUGGUGAUAUGCCCCGGCUUCACGAGCACACCGUUGCUUUCUACUUAUCAGGAUAAAAUGCUCGACUUCGUUGAGGCCCCCGAACUCCUGAAAUAUGUCACCGAGUAUCCAGUACAAACGCCUGAUAACGUGGGCGAGGCUUUGGUGAAACUCAUCCAGAAAGGCAAGAACGGAGAUAUUUGGGUCAGCGAAGGUGGAAAUCCACCCUACGCUGUCGAGUUCGCACCUGUCAAGAAAGUGGAGCUCAACGUUUGAUGAGAAGUUCUCGUUUUCCUUAGGGUCUAGAUAAUUCAACUGUGUGAUGAUGGAAGGAACAAAGAUAUUCUCCUAAAAACGACGCAAAAUUUAGGGACUGAUUUUCGUGUUUGGACUGAUUUUGAUUACAAUUUAAUUUAUAUUUUUAAUCUACAGAGUUAUGUAACGACAAUAUUCCUGACUAAAUAAAUGUAGAAUAUGGUCAA